CGUGAACGGAAUGGAUGAUUUUAUAAGCACCUUCCCCUUCGCUCUCCUACCAUUUACUUCUUGUAUGUAAAUAAAUACAUCCUCCACCUUCCGUCAGCAGUUUGCCGGCAUGAUAGAUUAACAAGUCGAUGUUAGAUGACCGCCAGAGCAAUAAUUAUAUCUUGAUUUGCUUCAACCUGUGCAAAUAUGAGCGACUCGCCUUGUGAUUGCUGCGGAGGUGCUCUGCGAGAGCCAUACAUCGCUUGUUUUGAAUGCCCUGCCAUGGUUUGUCCACGAUGUUUUUCCAGAGGAGCAGAAAGUGGGCCACACAAGAGUUGGCACUCGUACUCUGUGCGCUCCGAUAACAUCCCAAUCUUCGAAGACGGAUGGUCGCUGCGAGAUGAGCGGCUGCUUCUAGAUUACGUGCAGUCCUAUGGUUAUGGUAACUGGAAAGACAUUUCUAGAAAGCUGAAAAGAACGCAAGAGGAAUGCAAGACUCAUUAUGACACUCAUCAUUUGACUACAGAGAAUGCUGCUUUCAUCAAAACUCCUUUACCUCCUCAUAAUCUAAAACUCAAUACGGAUCAACCUCCUCGGAUGAUUGUCCAAAAUUCGGGCACCUACAAUGCUUUGAGAUCGGAAAUCUGGCCUGAAGCGGACAUUGGAGCUGCUGAAAUCGAUCUCGCUAACUGUGUAAGUCCGGCUGACUGUGCCGACUGUGACCCAUCAAUGCUGGAAGUCAGUGAAGCCCUUCAAGAGGCCAUGGUGAACGUUUACAAUGACCGACUCAGAGAUAGGUUCCGGAGGAACACUGUCAUCAGAAACCAUGGUCUAAUCAGAAGAUACUACAACCUCCAAAAGAAGUACAGCUCCCUCAGUCCUUUCUCUGUGAUAUUAAAUGGCUAUCAAAUGGACUACUUGAUGGCAGGCCUAGCAAGGGCUGAGGAACUGAGAGUAAAAUUUGUAAAGCUCUGUGAACUCAGGGCUCAAGGCUUAAGAAGCAGAAAGGCGGCAGAGCUGAUGAAGACUUUGCAAUCCAUUCGUCAGGAGCAGAUCAAGAAUAUGAGGACGUGGGGUCCUUUGAAAGAGGAAACAAAGGCUACCACCAAAAGAGAAAUGCGGCCACUCGAAGUCGUAGGACUGCCGAUGAGUGAAAGACUGACUAUCGAGGAGAGAGAUUUGUGUGCCAAGGCACGAUUAGUACCUGAAUGUUUCUUUAUGUUCAAAGACACGUUGGUUGAGUUGUGUGAAAAACAGAAAGGAAUAACUUUGGCGCAGGCCCGUAGAGUUAUCAAAAUAGAUGUUAAUAAGACGAGAAAACUAUUUGACUUCCUGAAGAGCACCAACGUUAUCUAUGAACCAGCAGAGGAAAAAUAAACCUAUUUUUAUGUUCA